AUGAUGAAAACUAGAAAAAAAGUUACUCACAAGAGUGACUUGAAUAAAUCCCUUCACACUAACAAAAGUCGCAAGCUUGUGGAGGACUACUGGCUAUCGGUGUCAAACAAGAAGUAUGAACCACCACUCUAUCACACUUUUUCUGACCGCUACGGUGGAACUCAAGGCAUUCCCUUUGCAGCGCGCAUCAAUGUUAGUUCCAUUUUAUACUCACAAAAGUUGGACCCCAAUCACAAUAAGUUCUCAACUGCUAGUUUCAUAGCCAAGGCAAACUUAGCUAUGUGUGAGGGCAAUUAUGAAGAAGCGCGAAAAUGUCUUCAGCACUCACUCACAUUCCUCCAAAACAUGGAAGGCGGUCUCACCAUCAAGGACUUGACUUCGUCGCGGGUGGUCUCAGGAACGCAGACCGAUUGCGCGACGGAAGUCGCUGAGGUGCUCCGGAAACUUGGGACGGUGUCAUUGAUCCUCGACGAGGUUGAGGGGGCAUUGGAGCUUUUCAAUUCAAGUCUUGAUGCGAAUCCCUUUAUGCCGGAUAUCUAUGUUCUGCGUGCGUCUUGCUAUGAGAGGCUCGGCCAGCCACGUGCUGCCCAUGAGGAAUUUGAAAAAUAUCUGAAGCUCAAGACGCCAUCUUUGGAGGUGCUUGCUCACUGUGGCAAGUGUGCAUUUGAAGCCGGAAUCCUCGAUUCAGCCGAACAUCACCUUCUUCAACUUUUAAAUUUGGCGAAACCAAUGCUGGGAUCUUCUCAAGAGGAUGAGGCCACUACUGAGAUGACAUCCUAUUAUGUUUCCCAUGCCAACUUCUAUCUAGGCUGCUUGUGUGAGACACGCGCUGAGGUAAUUAAUUCUUCUACGACAGAUGCCAAUGCGGUUGUUUGCCUCAACAAGAAGGCCCGUACGCACUUUGACACCGCACUCGCUAAUCCCUUUUUCAUCGAAUCCUAUGAGAGCACAUUAGAUUGGGCGGUAACCUCCAAGGACUAUGCGUUUGCACUUCACAUUUUGCAUCACCUUCAGCGGAUGUGGCCUGAUAAAGCGGAGUACUGUUUGCGUGUUGCGCAUAUCUAUCAUUUGUGUAAUAACUCAGUUGGUGAGGUUGAGGCCUUGUCUGAGGCUCUGGAUCGCGCACAAGGGUUUUCGCCACGCCGUAUCACUCUUCUCACACGCGGAACGGUGUAUUUAGAGAAGUUAGGCAACUUUGAGCGGGCUAUUAGAGAUUUUACGCUUGUUAUUGACCUCCCAACCGACAACCCACAUGAUCAAUGUACCCCAAAGGCUUUUAUGAAGCGGGCUGAAGCAUUUCGGGUGCGCUUCGCCCAUAAAAGUUCCCGCGAGGACUACGAAGCUUCCUUGCAAGACUAUCGCAGUUUUUUGCAGACCUCCGGUAAUUCCAAUAGUGUCUGUAUGGCCUCCUCGGUUAAAAAGAUUGAGGGUCACAGCAGGUUCACCACUUCGGAGGUUUGUGACCCCCGCACCGUCACGGACGCUUUGCUUAUUCUCGCUAACGGGACCUUUCAUCGGGGUCACUUCUCGGAGGCUGUGAUGUUCUUUGCGCAUGCUGUCAACCGUGGCUGGUGCCCUCACCCGCCCUCUGUGUGCCACGUGGUGGGGGAUGAGGCCUCAGGCGACGCUACACACUGGGUCCCUGGGGGCCCGGUUCCUAUCAAGGAAAGCCUUUAUUGUCAAAUGUACAUUGCCCUUGCCAAUCAUGUCAUUGCGACGCAUCCGAUCAGCGAAGAAUUAUUUAAAGUGUCUUACGCACCCCGGGAAUGGAUGACAUCUUUGGGCAACACUACCAGUGUGGAUACGAAAAAGAUAAAGAAUGUUGAAAGAAAAGAGGCCGAUCGUCCCUCAUUUGCUUCGCCAUUGUUGUCGUAUUACCUUGUUGAUUCACGCUAUUGUGCACUACGGUCACUGGAGCCGACAAUGUUUUCUGCAUUAGAGGGAGCAUUUCUUAAGAUAUGGGAACCUUACCGCACAGAGGUAGAGCGUGUGCGAGAGGAUAUGACAAAUGCAAAGGGUAAAAGGUGGAAGCGCCAUGCAGGCUAG